UAGAUUAUUAUUGGAGUGAAAGAAAAACGCAAGCAAAAGCAAUAACAAACGUUUCUGUCAGUGACUGAGUGUGGCACCUGUUCCUGUUGUGUUGUUCUUAUUCCCAUUUAGUGCAAUUUACAAACAUGAACAAAAAAAUGAAAAAACAUCACCUUAAUACACUGUACUAGGAUGUUUCUUGUUCCUCAGUAGACAGAAGAACCUUCAACUUUGCUAUGUCUCUUCUUUCAUUAUAUGCCCAGGGUAGCUGACGCUAAUGCAGAUUGUGACUUAUUUAUGUUUGGCCAAACAUUCGUCUUUUAUUCGUUCAAUAUUGUUUGAAUCGUAGCAUCGAAUAGUGAAGCAGUUCUUUUCAGAUAAGUAUAAAUGUUUGACAACAAAGUAUUUUUUACCUACAAAAGAAGGCGACACUCUCAAAGUAGAAGUUUUGUGCUUGAAAAUCAGCAAAAUUCAGUUGGUGAAGAUGCCCGUGAUUGUUCUUUAUCUAAACAAGCCAAGCUUACUAAUGAGAAGACAUCAGAAAAACAUGAAGAAAAAUCAACGGAUACUAGUGAUGGACAAAAGCCGUGCUUUGAAUGCAUCAAACAACCAAAUCAUUCAACGCCACUUCCAGUUCAAAGGCCAGGUGUCCUGGUCCCGGAACCAGGGGAGCUUGGAAUUUCUGAUGAAACAGAAAUGACAGUUACUACGAACGAAUCCUUUUUAACAAGACAGCCAUGUGAGGAUAACUCCAAGAAGGAUGUUGAUGAAUUUCCCCCAACAAAGAAGGCUUCACAGAAUGGUUCUGACACACAGAAAAAUUCUUUUGUAGGUGAAAACUCUGGUAAUGAAUGUGACAAUGGUUCUAAUAUAAACAAUAUUUCCCCGUCAGCUGAAUUGGAUGCUGGGAAUGAUUUCAAUUUAAUCAACUCAGAGACAUCCAUUCCAAAGGAAAUCAGUGCUGCAUGUGACAAUGAAUCUCUUGUUUUGAAUAAGUCAACAGAUAGAUCUACUGAGUCACCCUCGGAAGAUAAUUUUAGGAACCAAUCUGAAGAAAAGGUAGCACAGACGAACUUGGCCGGUCCAUUAAUAACCUAUCGAUGUUAUAAAAGAAAAAGGAGUAUGGAUGGGACUGAUAAGGAAAACAUUCCAGUGCUAACCAAGUGGAGUAUGCUUGCAAAUGCUAAUCCUGAUUCUUGUGAUGAAUCAUCUUGUGAUGAGUCUCCUGCAAAUAAUGUACUAGACCUUAACCAAUCAGUUGAAAUUUCGGAAAGAGAGAAGCCACUGGGUCACACUCAAGAUGAGACAUCUUGUAGAAGCAGUUCUAGGGUUUUUCUAACAGAUCUUAAUCAAUCGGUGGAGCUUUCUGAAAGAGGGGAGCUUGAUCAAACUCAAGAAAAAGUGAGAAAUGCUGACACUCCAGGUACUAGUGGAGUUGUUUCUGAAACCUGUAUGACACAAGUGGGAGAGCAACCGGGUCAUGGGGAAGACAUAGUGAAAACGGACCCCCAUAUGUCUGGAACAGAAGUUCCAAGCCAGAAUUCUCUGAUGCACAAGGAAGCCGAACAUGUUGAUAAGGAUUGCGAAGGAAUCCCUGUCAAUGUUGAUUCUAGAGAUCUCUGUCAUGCUUCCACAACUGCUGACCAAGAACUAGAAGAGUUGCAACCCUCUGUGAAAAAAGCCAUUCAAAAUGUUCCAAGCAAUGACAUGAAGAAAAGUGGAGGGCACCAACCUCAGUUUGUCCUGCCUGCUGACUCUGCAGAAGAGAACACUGUUGAAGUGAACCUUGGCUCUGACAAGCAUUCCCUUCCCUUGGCGAUGAGAACUCUUUUAGCCAAAUCUGACUCUACAAGCAGUAGAUCUGUCAUUGUUGAAAAUCAAGUUACUCAACUGGCAUUUUUAAACUCCAGCAAUACGAAGGUGAUUUCAGAAGGAAAGACUAUCGAUGAUGUCUGCUCAAGUAUUACUCAAUCUCAGUCAGAACAAAUGCCAACUGUUUCUCUUUCUUUGGGUUUAUCUCUACCUGUGGAGCAUGAGACUAGAGGUUGUUUGUCUACACUGCCUUUGUUUAAUUUAACCUCUGGAACUAGAGAUAUUGUCCAAGAUGGAUUGUGUCAGUCUUCAACGAACCGGAAACCAUUGCAUCUCCGGCACAAGGCAGUACUUGACAACAUUGUAAGCAAAACAAGAGCUUCAAAUGAAAGAGGAAAAUUUCAGGAAAAUUACAAGCCGCACCCUAUAAUGUGGUCUGAAGAGGAGUUGGAUUUUCUCUGGAUUGGUGUGAGAAGACAUGGUAGGGGCAAUUGGGAUGCUAUGCUCAGGGAUCCUAGAUUGCGGUUUUCACCAUUAAGGGUACCAUGGGACCUUGCUGAGAGAUGGGAGGAGGAACAACUUAAACUUUUGAAAGAUAGUGUUCCACACUUCAUGCAUCCAAAUACAGAAAGAGCGGUGGCGGCGGCAGCGUUGCAAGGAAACACUUGCUUCUUAGAUCCAAAAUCAGGUACUUGGAGACAAAAUACUAUGGAGGAGACUACUUUAUCACCUGAAGAUGCAUUUUCUUACAGGGAAAGCAACCCCUUGAAGAAAUCUCUUGCGAGGUCAUUUCUUCAAAGUAACACCACUGUACGUGGUCUUGCGCCAAAUAUUCAUUCUGGUAGAGCUUCUUACAACAACAACAUAGAUAAGUUUGAAUUAGGAUUUUUCAGUUCUCCAGGAAGCUCGAGUAUUUCUAGGGAAAAUUCUUAUUCAAAUGAUUAUCCAUUUAAUUGUUCGACUGCAAAGAAUAAUCUGCCACAAUGGCUCAGAGAAGCAAUCAAUACUCCUCCAAUGUCUGUAGAGCCAAAUCUGUCUGCAGAGCAUUGCUUUGAUGCUGGUGGUAAGUCAGGCUUUCUGCCUCAAAAUCAUUUGACUGGUUUGAAGACAAAUGAGGUACAUAUCUCAAAUGCUUCUCACUAUUCAACCUAUUCAAGAAGAAAAUAUGGGACGCUGAAAAUGAACAAGUCUCUUGAACAUCAUGUCAGCAAACAAGACAAUUUGAUUGUUAUUGACAGCGACACAUCUUCCGAAGAGACUAUAUCUGACGAUCACCGUGCCAGCUUGAAGAUUUGAAGAAUGUAUGUUCUGUUAGACAAUCCUGUUCAAAACAUAUGUAGUGAGCUGUAGAAAAUUGUUGUAGGUGAAUGUUGCAUGGUUUUGUAGAUUACCAAUUUAUAAAAACUUAGGAGCUGUUAUGACUUUAUGCCAAAUGAAUAUUAAUUUAAUGUUUAACUGAAUCAUUUAGGGAUUUCAAAUGGUUAUAUUUA